UUGUUUAGAGCAACACGUUUUUCUAAUAGAAAGAUUUUAUUUUUUGUAAAAAAUAUUAACAAUUUUCUAUUAAAUUCAAAAUAAUUAACAAAAAAUCGCCUGCAUACAACCACAAUGAGUACUCAGCGUGGCAAUGCAUCACGCACACGGGCGCAAAAACAUAAAAAUCGUCACGUAUUCAAAAAUGAUCUGCACGACAAGACGCCCCAACAGAAGCGUCUUAAUUCCUUGCACGUUUCUGAGGUGUGUCAACAUUGUAAAGGAGUCAUAGAAUGGAAAAUUAAGUACAAAAAGUACAAGGCACUAACCCAGGCCAAAACAUGCACUAAAUGUUCACAGAAAAAAAUACGUAAGGCGUAUCAUGUUCUCUGCCGUGACUGUGCUUUGGAAGCACGCGUUUGUGCAAAAUGCUUGAAAAGUGCCGAAGAAGUGGAGAUAGAACCGGCACAGCCAACGCCGGCGGAGGAGCAGAAACUUAAGGCUGAAAUGGAACGACUUAUUAAAUCAUUUCCGGAAAGAAAGCGUCGGGUCUUUUUGCGUUACAUGGACAAGGGUAAAAAGGACAAAGACAAUGCGGAUCAAUUAGAAGAAAAUGGCAAGGAAGGUGAAGAUAAGCCUGAAAAUGAUACUGAGGUGGAUGCUGAUAAUAUAAAAAUCAAAACAAGAGUACCUCAUACGAGAGAUGAAUUGUUGCUGAAGAUAGAACAACUUACACUUAAAAAUGAUGAGGAUGAUGAUUAUGAUGAGUUCGAUUCGGAUGACGAUGAUGACUUCGAUGAAGAUGGUGAUAGUGAUGAGGAAGAUUUCAGUGAUGAAUAAAAGUGAUUCAUUAAGCUAAAUUUAUUUUUUUUAUAAAAUAUAAUUAAGAUAUAAAGAAAAAUAUGAAUAAAAUAGAAUCGAAAAAUAUUGCAAUAAUUUUUAAAUAA